CCUGGCUUGUAGUAGUUUAUCUGCGGGCAUCAUUAGAAGUCUUAAUACCGAUGACAUGGUACUGAUCUACAACACAGAGGCUCAUUCAGGUCGGACGAUCGGACCGUGGAACGGAUUGUAGCCGACCGCCGGACUGUGACCAUUCUACCGCCUCAGCCACUCCAGCAGUUAUGUAUGCAUGUACCGUGUGUUCAGUGAAUGCUCAGGGCUGAUGGUAAUGUGAACAGAGAGGUUCCUCCUUAUAGAGACUGCAUACACCUGAGACUCUUCUUACAAAAUUGGAUAGAAAUAUCUCCUGUGAUAUGAAUCUGGAAAAUGUGAGGAAAGACAGCUGAAGAAAUUUGUUCUGUGGUGUUGAAGAGUUUAAUAUGGCUUUAAUGGAGUAGCUAUGGAGGACCAGUUUUAAUUAAAUUCUGAUUGUGGAAGGAAUGUCAACAUAGGACAAUCUGUUGUAAAUAAACUUCUUUCUCCUUGCCAUGGAAGGCAGCAGUAACCAGAGGAAGUUCCGCAGUCCCUUCAAGUUUUCGCUGAGUACCUCCUCACUGAAGCCUAGUCCCAACCCUACCAAGUCUGAUCCCUCAGCAGCCUCCAUCCUACGACCUCGGAAACUCUUGAGCAAUGACAUCUCUAAGAACCGCUGGUCGCAUUCACCAAUUGGAUCCACUCAGCUUCCGAAUGACCAGGCGGGCAGCGAGUCCAAGAUCCACAGUCUUGGGCGGUAUGAGACGAGUUCAGGGGUCAAAUACUCUGCCCAGCCAAUCAUAGGUCGGCACCACAGAGAGAACGGGGUCCACCACCAUGAGGAGGAGAGGGGGCGUCGAAUCUACGACAGACCGCGGUCCCAAGUCUACCCCACCUCACCCCUGUCUCUGUCCCCCACAGACCCACUGUAUGACACACCAAAGACUAGCAACACACAACCUGCCUCAGAUACCCCAACCACCGCUAUAACCUCAUCAGGGGAGAGGGAAUCUCAGUGUGAAGGACUGCCGUCUCCUUCUGGACAGAGUGAUAAAGACCUUAAUCAGAACUACCCAGCAAAAGUCGUAGAGGAGGAAGUUAAAAUAGUGCAGGAAAGACAACUCACAGCAUCAAGGUCAUUUGGGGCCACUGAUUUGGGGUCAAGGUCAGUGGAUCGGUCUGUUGAAGGUGCUGGGGUAGGGGAUGGUUCAGUUAUGUCCCCUGUUCGUCCCCCAAGAAGAAGCAGCAGUUCUUCCAGUGCAGGGCGUAAACCACUGACCGUGGUAGCGCGGGAGUCUGGGGAGACGGAUGCAGUCAAGGAGACGGGGACAAAAGAAACAAAACGUGAGCGGCGUCUGACCAGACGAAUCUCUCUGGAACCAAAGAAAGUGGAGGAUGAUGAAUUCAUUGGGUUUGCCACACUACCAGAUCAGGUACACAGAAAGGCAGUCAAGCGGGGUUUUGAGUUUUCCUUUAUGGUUGUAGGGGAGACAGGGCUGGGGAAGUCCACACUAAUCAACAGCCUAUUUCUGACCGACCUAUACAAAGACAGGAAGUUCCCCAACCACAUACUGGACAAUGCAGAGCAGACAGUGGACAUAGAGAGAAAGCAGCUAGAAAUUGAGGAAAAAGGGGUCAAAGUUCGUCUCUCUGUGGUGGACACGCCUGGCUUCAGCGAGGCGCUCAAUGGAGAGAAAUCAUGGCAGCCAAUCAUUGACUACGUGGACCGACAGUUUGAGCAGUACUACCAGGCUGAGAGCGGGGUCAACAGAAAAAACAUCCAGGAUAGUCGAGUUCACUGCUGUUUGUACUUCAUAUCUCCAUACGGCCAUGGGUUGAAGCCAAUCGAUGUAUUUAUGAUGAAGAAGCUGCACCACAAAGUCAACAUCAUCCCACUAAUCGCCAAGUCUGACACCCUGACACCAAAGGAGCGGUCCCACCUCAAGAACAAGGUCAUGGAACAAAUCGAGGAGAACCAUAUUAACAUUUACAAGUUCCCCGAGUGUGACAGCGAUGAAGACGAGGAGUUCAAGCAGCAGGAUAGAGAGUUGAAGUCAGCCAUACCAUUUGCGGUGGUUGGGAGUAACACGGUGGUUGAGGUAGCAGGCAAGAAGGUCAGAGGUCGCAUGUACCAGUGGGGAAUCGUGGAAGUGGAGAAUCCCGCUCAUUGUGAUUUUGUAAAGCUUCGUCAGAUGUUGAUCAGCACCCACAUGCAGGAUCUGAAGGACAUUACAUCAGACAUCCAUUACGAGAACUACAGGGCGGAGCACCUGGCGGAACAGAUGAAGCAGUCGACCCGGGAGAGAAUGAAACUGAAGAGAGAGUCCAUGCUAAAUCCUGGAAAAAUGGAGGACACAGACAAUCUGAUUGCUCAGAAAGAUGCUGAGAUACAACGAAUGCAGGAGAUGUUAGCCAAGAUGCAGGCCCAGCUACAGACCAACCCUCGGACCCCGGUCAACGGGACCUAGUGCGAUCACAUAGAGCAACAACCAAAGAACGGGGACCCACAAAGGAAGGGGGGAGUGAUCAGCCACCAAGGGAAAUAACUCAGUGAACUAAACUAGCAUUCCAAAUGUGUUCUUCAUCUUGCAUAUUCGUUAAAAGGACUAAAAACAUUUGUGGCUGUACAUAGACACUUUUUAAAAAUCCUCAGGCCUUUCUCUGUGCUGCUGAUGGGCUAGAGGAUUGGUACAUUUUAGCAAUCAGUGGACUGUGAAGCAGCACUAUGUGCUCCGUGUAUAAGCAUGUAACGUAACAUAUGUCAGAAUAGUGUACAGUCUUCCUACUGUCAUUUAGUGUACAUUUUAUUUAAACAAUUAGUACAUUUAUACAUUAAUUAUUCAAGGGAAAUAAAUAUGUAAUUGAUUAUGAAUUUUAGACAUUUA